AUGGGAAAGCGUUCGACUUUGUUCUACAUAUCUUCUUACACCUCCGAAGAGACACAAGAAAAGACUACAAAUAAGUUAGUUGAUGUACUACGAUAUGCGAGCGUUAUUUGUGAUGAAUUUACAUUAGUUUCUUCGAUAUGGUGUUUUAAUUUACGUGCAGUUGCCGGUUACAAUUUCAGAAUGUUGGCGGUAUGCGUCCCAGGAUGGGCAGCGGCCAUGGUGGCUGGCGUACUUUUACUCUAUGGCAGUAUUGACGUGGCAUAUUUCGCUAGAAUGAUGUAUACCGUUGCCAAGGCCAGGUACUUCAAGAAGAAGACCUGCAUUCUCGAUACUACUGAAGUUGAUUCAUGGUGUCUCAUAAACGACGUAGAUACUCUGCUAUACCACAUGAACAAUGCUCGCUACCUUCGCGAGUUGGACUUCGCCAGAGCUGACUUCUACGAGCGUACAGGGCUGUACUUUAACAUUAGGGCGGCAGGAGGAUCUGUGGUGCAGGCAGCCGCCACCAUCAGAUACAGGAGGUUUCUGAAGCCCUUUACCAAGUUCACCAUCACCUCUAAAGCGUUAUACUGGGACGAUAAAACAUUCUUUAUGGAGCACGAGUUCGUGGGCCCCGGCGGUUUCGUACACGCAGUUGCGGUGUGUCGGCAACGCGUCAUCGACACGUCGGCGGCUGCCAUCGCAGAGCUGCUGCUGCAGCUGCACUGCGCGGGCGCCUGCCGUCAGCCGCCCUGCAAGAUGCCUCCUGAGUUGGAGCUGUGGGUACAAUGCAACGAACUGAGCUCGGCUCGACUUCGAGCGCCAACCAUGUCGGUACCCACUUUAGAACCGUCUCAAGUGUUGGCUGCUGGCGAAAUGAUCCCAGAGGCUGAAUGA